UUGUUUCUCUCGGUUUGCUCUUGAAUUCAACGAUAAGAAGGAAUCCAUCAUUGGAACCUUCAUCAACCGAGCAUGCAGUCAAUAUGAAAGCAGGAAAGAAAUGGGACGGGAAUAUCUUGGUAGAAUCGGACUGCAGAUUUAUCCAACAUACGACACCUCACAACCGUCACCGUUAUCGAGAUCCAAUCCAAUUAUUUUACGAGGAACUAAUAUCCAUUCCUCCUUACACUAUUACCUCAACCAAUUCUAUAAAAUAUGGCGACCAUUUUUCAGUGAAUUUUAAGGAUAUGACAGUUUAUACAUCUCCAAAUGAUUUAACAAAUCUUUAUAUUGGUAUGAAUAAUAAAAAUCAAAAUGAGAUUGUUAGUUUAAAUAUUAAUGUACAUAGAAAAUUAUUUAAUGAUAUUAAUUGGGGAUUUGGAGCAAAGAGAAUGAGUAGGUUGCCAAAUGCAGGAGGUAAAAGUGAAUUAUCAGAGAUACUUUCUUGUGAAAUUAUGGAAAGGAUCUUGGGAGUAGAAUUAAAUAAAACAGAGAUGGAAAUAGAAUAUUUUUUCAUGAAUCAACCAAUGACCGAUUACCUUGUUACCUUUCGACGUCCAAAUUAUUCAACUAUAUUUUCAUUAGGUGUUUCAGUUACUCGAGCAUUCGCUUACCGUCGAAGAUACACAAAACAUGACGCAUAUCGAUUAUUAACUAAAAAAUUAAGUGGGGUAAAUUCUUCAACAAGAAAUAUUGUAAAUGCACGAAUAUGGAAACAAAUAUUACAUAUUUGGUGUCCAAGUGGAAAAGUUGCUAAUAUAGUACGAAAAGUUUAUUCAAAGUUAUCCAAAGAUUAUACAUCCAACACUAUUAUCAUGUUGACUGUAGUGAAUUGUGAUUGGUUUAUGGUCAUAAGAUCUUUUUUGGUGUUACAAAAGGGACGAAAUUAUGGAGAUGUACUCAAAACACUGUUCACAAAACAAAGCCACUAG